CCAAGAAGUCCUCAAAUUUCACCAAUAUCCCUUUUUUGUAAAGAGUUGAAUUAGAAACCAUAAAAAGUUUGAACUUUAGCUGAAAGAAUAUAUUAUGUAGAUAGUCCUUUGUUUCUUCUCAUCAGAACAGUUUCGUUUCCCUCCUCCUACUUUUCUCACAGAAGAACAUUUCAUAUUACCCUUUUCCUCUGGCACCCCAUUAUUGCUAUUUGGUGGAGAGAGCACAGUGGGAAAUAAAUCCAUGUGGAAGCAGUAAAUGCAUUAACUUCAGACAGGUUUUCCAUUGGAUUCUUUACACGAGCAAGUUGUUCCUUGCUCCUUGAAGCAGUGUCCAAAGAAGAGUAGAACUUUCCUCAUGGGAUUUCAUGACUUUGUUUUGCUAUUCUGUUCAUUUUGGUGUGUCUUUUUUGUAAGUAGUUGCAGUGCUCAGAUGCAGUCCUCUCAGACCCAAGUGCUUCUUCAGUUGAAAAAGCACUUGGAGUACCCAAGACAAUUGGAAAUGUGGAGAGAUCGUUGGACAGAUCUUUGCUCUGUUUCUUCUUCUGGGCAAGUGAAUGUCACAUGCAAGGACAAUUUUGUCACUGAGCUCUCCAUCUUGGGUGAUAAGCCAACCGAGGGUAGAGAUUUUGAUGGGUUUGCCAUUCCAAAUCAAACACUAUCAGAUAGCUUCUCCAUGGACUCUUUUGUGGCUACAGUGGCAAGGUUAACCAGCCUGAGAGUGCUUAGUCUUGUCUCUUUGGGCAUGUGGGGACCACUUCCUGAUAGAAUUCACAGACUCUAUGCACUUGAACAUCUGGAUUUGAGUUUCAAUUAUCUUUAUGGAUCAAUCCCUCCUAAGAUUUGCACAAUGGUGAACCUUCAAACUCUUGGAUUGGGUGAUAACUUCUUCAAUGGAACCAUCCCGAACGUGUUCAAUUCAUCAAGCAAUCUCUCAGUUCUUAGUUUGAGGAAUAACAUGUUGAAGGGUCCAUUUCCACCUUCAAUCCUUAGUGUCACCUCUUUAAAAGACAUUGACAUGUCAAGCAAUCAAAUAUCAGGGAUACUGCAAGAUUUUAGUGCUUUGAGUAGCUUGGAACAGCUAGAUUUAGGAGAAAACAAAUUAGAGUCUUUCCUGCCAGCAAUGCCAAAAGGGUUGAUUAGUCUUUUCCUCGGAAGAAAUUCCUUCUCAGGUGAAAUUCCCAAGCGCUAUGGUCAACUUAACAGGCUUCAGAAGCUUGAUGUUUCCUUCAAUGCACUCACUGGCACUGCUCCUGCUGAACUUUUCUCUCUGCCAAACAUCAGUUACUUGAAUUUGGCUUCCAACAUGUUGAAUGGACCACUGCAAAGUCACCUAAAAUGUAGCAGCCAACUUACAUUUGUUGACAUAUCAUACAAUAGGUUAGUGGGGGACUUACCUUCUUCACUGAGCACUAGAUCAGAUAAUAGAGUCGUUAAGAGUGACGGAAACUGUUUAUCUGGGGGAGUGCAACAUCAGCAUUCAGUAUCCUACUGCACAGAAGCUCAUGUCAAGAAGAAAUCAUAUAGAGUUGGAAUUUUUGUUGGUGUCAUUGUAGGAGUUCUUUUGAUCUCUGUGGUUUUGGCUUUGACCAUUGUCAUAACUUGUAAGAAGUUCUUCCUUCAAGGUGUGUCAGAGCAGCACCUAUUGCAUAAAACAGUUCAAGAUAGCAGCUACGCGGCAGGGUUCUCCUCUGAGCUUGUGACAAAUGCAAGGUAUAUUUCUGAAAUUGCAGAGUUAAGCAGAGAGGACCUCCCCACAUGUAGGUCUUAUUCUUUGGAAGAGCUAAAGGAAGCCACAAAUAACUUUGAUAACUCUACUUUUAUGGGUGAAAAUAUAUAUGGGAAGCUUUACAGAGGAAAACUGCAGAGUGGGAUGCAGAUUGUAAUAAGGUCCCUGCCUGUGUCAAAAAAGUAUUCAGUUAGAAAUUUCAAACUGAGGUUGGAUUUGCUUGCAAAGCUCCGUCACCCUCAUUUGGUAUCCCUUCUUGGUCACUGCAUUGAUGGUGUUGUAGGAGAGAAUAAUGAGACAAAUGUCUUUCUAAUUUAUGAAUAUGUGCCAAAUGGGACUUUUCAAACUUAUCUCUCUGGACAUAGUUCUGGCAAGGUUUUCAACUGGUCUGAGCGAUUAUCAGUACUAAUCAACAUUGCUAAGGCUGUCCACUUCCUACACACUGGCAUGAUACCUGGUUUCUUCAAAAAUCGACUUAAGAGUGACAAUAUCUUGCUGAGUGAGAAUUGGAUGGCAAAGUUGAGUGACUAUGGAUUGUCCAUUAUAUCAGAAGAAGCUGAUGCAUGUGGGGUAAAAGGAGAAAGUCCUAAUUCGUGGCAAAUGAAAAUGUUAGAGGAUGAUGUUUAUAGCUUUGGAUUCAUACUACUGGAGGCACUGGUUGGACCUUCAGUAUCAGCUGAAAGAGUAACAGCUGUGUCGAAUGUAAUGGCAACUUUCAAUAGUCAGGAUGGGUGGAAAGGGAUUGUGGACCCAAUUGUGCAAGCUACUUGCUCAAAAGAAUCUCUUUUUGUUGUGAUUUCCAUAACAAAUAAAUGCAUAUCUCCUGAGUCAUGGAACCGACCAUCCAUUGAGGAUGUUCUUUGGAACCUUCAGUAUGCUUCUCAAAUUCAGGCAACAGAUGAUGGAUGAUGAGGAUCACAGAAUUUGACACUCAGCAUAAGUGACAGUGACUUACUGAGAAUUCUGGACUUUUCAAAUUGGUCCGAUAGAUAACAACUCUUUCAACAUUUCAUCUUUUGGAUUUCUUAGAAGGAUAGGAAAGAAUUGGCUGCAUAGUCCAAUUCUGACAAUUUUCAUCAACCAAGUACUUUGAUCUGUAUAUUAUCAUUA